GUGCCGUGCGUCGCCUUGGAAACAGGGGAGCAUCCGAGGCGCAGCUGGGAGACCCACCCCUGUCGCUCCUACCACACUCGCGGGCGCUGCCCGUUAAUGGCCGGAGGGGGAGUCCCGAGCCGAACCCGCUGCUGGCCUUAGCCUCAACUCGGACCCUUUCGCGAACGCUUCUGUGACCCAAGAAAUCGGUGGGCACUUGCUCGUGGCGCCGAAAGGGCAGCGCUGACACGGGCGCAGUUCGGGAGGCGAGGCAGGGCAGGGCACUUUCGUCCCGGGGCGAGCCGGAGAGACGCUGGCCCUAAGACUCUGUUCGGGUCUUUGUCCCGCAGGCUCUUCCAGGCCUCCCCGAUCCUGUCGCGCCCUCCGCCCGGGACCUAUCUCUUCACGUCCGCUCCCCACCCCUCUCGGGAGCAUCCUCUUCCCUCAGCUCUCCCCUGUCCCUCCGGGGACCUCUCCCCGUCCCCGACCCCUCCCCCACUCCAGAGGCCGGGCUGGACCGGACCCAGAGCGGCCACCGCCCGCUUCUGCCAUUCAAUGGAGGACGGUCCGCUGGAGAUCAUGACCAAGGACGGCGGCGAAAUGCCGGCACCUCUGGAGGUGUCCACCGUGCCCGCCGUGGGGGACGUGAUCUCCAGCGAGUACAACGGCGGCAUGAAGGAACUAAUGGAGCAUCUGAAGGCUCAGCUGCAGGCCCUGUUUGAGGACGUGAGGGCCAUGCGGGGGGCCCUGGACGAGCAGGCCUCGCACAUCCAGGUGCUCUCGGACGACGUGUGCGCCAACCAGCGGGCCAUCGUCUCCAUGUGCCAGAUUAUGACCACCGCGCCCCGCCAGGGAGGCCUGGGCGUGGUCGGCGGCAAGGGGAGCUUCCCAGGAGCCCCGCAGGAGCCGGAGACCCCUUCGCCUGGGACUGAGGACAGCGGUUUGGUAGGUCGUGAUCCUGAGGAGGAGGACGAUGAAGAGGAAAAGGAGAUGCCCCCCUCUGCCACACCCACUAGUCACUGUGAGCGCCGCGAGAGCCCCUGUGCUGAUCUCCUUGAAGGGGACGGGCCACUUGUGGAGCCCCUCGAUCUGCCCGACAUUACCCUGCUGCAGCUGGAGGGCGAAGCCUCCCUGUGAGGGGACUCCGAGGGGCACUACUUUCCCGGGCUGGCUUUGGGUUUCCGAGCGCAUGACGCCAGCGGACUGAACUGCACGGUGCAGCACGCUUCACCCCGACCGCUGCUCUUGUGGGUCAGGCAGAGAGAGACUCUCUGGAGGAAAGAUUUAUAGGGCGAAGGACUUUGGGAGCAUCAAGAAUUCUUUCUGCCUAACCAAGUGAGAUGUAGCAAACUGCGGAAAGGUGAGGUUCCGGGAGAGGAAGCGCCCAUCUCUGGACUCCCAUCCGUCCCCUCCCUACCCUAUCCCCCUUCCCAGCCAACAGGAGAACCCCUGAAUUGUGUAAAUAAAACUCUGCUUUUUCUAUUCUGAAAAAGGACUUAUCUAGGACUAUGGCAAGUAGUCUCUAACGAUUUACUUAGAAAUUAAGGAAUUGGGAUAUUCUGUUCUGGCAACAGAAAAUUUACCCUUCUGCUGAAAUCCAGCAUAUUCAGCGCUCUGCAGAAGUCUCUCCCCCUCACAGAUCUCUGCGGCUGCUGAUUGGUAAAGGAAGCUUGAGGAGGGAACUGCGGCCCUAGGAAUCUGGGAGAAUGGGGUUCCCAGGGCCCCUGGGCUGGGAGGAGCUGGCUAUGAAUGUGCAUGAAGACAUAAUAGCUCAACCUCUAGGAUUUUGCAUGCAGAGCGGAACCUGCCUUGUCACUGACUUCAUCUGGAAUUGCUUUAUCCACUCACUGGGGCUUAGAGAACAAAGAGCCCAGUUCACAGGCAGAGACUUGGGGGUGCUCAGCAACAGCCCAGAUUUAGGGGACAUUUGAGGGACUCUUGGGGGCCGCAGCCAAAAACUGUCUCUCUCCUGGCUACACUCGCUUAACUUCAGUUCCUUUUCCUGGCAAUAUGUUUCUGCCCGCUGCCUCUCGGUGUUGCUUCCAUAAUGUCUUGUGUGUAUUAUGUGUGUCGACUUGUGCAGUAGUGUGUGAGCCCUGAGGGGCAGGGCUUGUGGCUCUGGUGUUAGGUUCAGGGGGCUUCAGACCCUUCUGUGAGCCCUGGGCUAUCAUGGCGCUUUCCCCUCUCCUUUCCCCCUUUCCCCCACAACCAGGGCAUGGAGCAUGUGGCUGUCCUGAGGUUCUUAACUGAUGUGCCUCCUUCCCAUUUCCUCAAGUGGUGACUUUGUGUGCCCUUCCUCCUCCUCUGUGUAUUUCUUCUCAAUGCUUUCCUUGGUGUUAAUCUUAAUAAAGAGGCGUCAUCUCCCCUC